AUGUCUGAUUCACCCCUCCCCAACGUCACUGCGAGUGCCAGCAGCCAGCCCCUGCGGUCUGCCCUCAAGAACGACGAAGACAACGAUAAGUUGACGCCCCAGUGUGGUACCCCCAAAAGUGAGUUUACCAUCAUCAUUCUCAGCCAGACCCUCGUGUUCUGGGGAUCUGGCCCAUACAUUCCGGGGGCAGUGGUCCAAAUUGUUGAUCCCGAGGCGGUGCCCCAGCCUGAGCAGGAGUCUGAGUCUACUCUACCCGCUGAAUCGUCGCUGAAAAGGCAGUUCUCUGCCGGCAUUGCCAAACGACUCAGUGGCCGCAACCUGCCCACGAGCUCCUCGCGCACCUCUCUGUCGAGUAUGGGCGGCCAAGAAGCCGUAGAGACCCCCGAAGAGUCAUCUGAGCAGCAGCAGCAGCAGCAGCAGCAGCAGCAUCACAUUCAUGGCCACGGCCAUGGCCACGAGCGACGCAAGCAGCACUACGUCAGCCAGAAGCUUCUUUCGCAGGUGUCUGACUGGCUCGAACACGAACGCCGUAAACGAGAACAGCGCCAAUCAGGAAGUCACGCUUCAUCGUCGAGGAGAAAGCGCCCUCAGCAGCAGCAAGAGGCCCAGGCCCCGGCCCCGGCUCAAGCGCCAGCCGCCGACACGACGACUGCCGUGACCGACGAAAAGGGCCAGGAUGGCUUUCCCUUCCGCCACCGCACCGACUCGAUUGAUUCUCAGUCUAGCGACAUGAGCUUCGACAAACUGCAGCGCAUCCUCGAGGAGAACAUGGCCGCUCUAGGCCUCGACUCCAUUCCCCAUCUCGGCCCCAAGCUGCCUCAGCGUCCUUCCGUGAGGGGACACAAAAAGUCCGGCUCGCGGAGCAUGUUGCAUCGCACCGCCAGCUCCGACACGGAUUAUGCCGACGGCGACGUCGUCGUGCCAUCUUGCGAUGCCGUUCUCGACAACAGCAAGACCAUGAGCUACAAUGCCGGCAAGAGCUCCGACAAUCUCGUUUCUGGCAAGGCAGAGGCCAAGGAGCACGAGGCAUGGUCCACCUUCCGAAACGAGAUUAUCCGCCUGGCGCACACGCUGCGCAUCAAGGGCUGGCGUCGCAUCCCCCUCGAGGCAGGCGACAAGAUCUCCGUCCAGAGGCUGAGCGGCGCGCUGACCAACGCCGUCUACGUCGUCACACCCCCUGAGGACCUGGAACCUGUCCCCGGCAAGAAGCAGCCGAGCAAGGUUCUCCUGCGCAUCUACGGGCCCCAGGUUGAGCAUCUCAUCGACCGCGACAAUGAGCUCAGCGUUCUCGGUCGUCUGGCGAGGAAGCGCAUCGGGCCUCGCCUCCUCGGCACUUUUACCAAUGGCCGCUUCGAGGAGUACUUCAACUCGGUGACCCUGACGCCCAAGGACCUGCGAGACUCGGAGACGUCCAAGCAGAUUGCCAAGCGCAUGCGCGAACUGCACGACGGCAUCGAGCUCCUCGACGCUGAGCGCAAGGCAGGGCCCUCUGUUUGGGGCAAUUGGGACAAGUGGCUGGACAACGUGGAGAAGCGAGUCAUGGCCGUUGACGACGAGACGCGCGCCAGGCAAGCCGGGGAGCCGGUCAAGCCAACAAGCACCUACCAAGGUCAGGGCUUCCUUCUACCGGAGCGAGGAAGACAUCAACGCCCGUCUGACACUCAAUACGGCAACAUUCUGCGUGUUCGGCCCGACGACAAAAAGUCGCCCCUCCUCAAGCCGGCCAACGAGCAUAAGCAGCUCAUCGUCAUUGACUUUGAGUAUGCUGGCGCCAACGUCCCCGGCCAGGAGUUCGCCAACCACUUCACCGAGUGGGCCUACAACUACCACGACGAGGCCAAGCCGCACGGCUGCUCGGUCGAGCGGUACCCGACGGUCGAGGAGCAGCGACGCUUCAUCCGGUCCUAUGUCGAGCACCGGCCCAAGUUCCCACAUGCCAGCUCGACGCCGCGCCUGACGCCCCUCGACACGCCCGGCCAUGCCAGCGGCGGCACGCCCGUGCUUCACCCCACGAGCUCGUCGAGCUCCAUUGUCGACUUUAUGCUCGACGCGCGCGUGCCGGCGGGCUGUGGCGGACGGCCAACAGCGCGCAGUGGGUCGCCUGGGGUAUCGUCCAGGCCAAGGUGCCCGCCUGUCUAG